CAACCAUAUAAAUAAUAGGAUUAUAGAAUUAUAGAAACUCACGUGAGCACAAUGUCACGUUUUUCAUCACACUUUAAACUAUUACUCAUUAAAAAAUUCCGGCCCUGAGUUUCUCAGCUCACGAAAUUUUCUGUUAGCGAAAUUAGCUGAAAAAUUCCAUAAUGAUAUCAACCACCUUAGUAAAGUUUUAUUUCUUAUUAGAUAGUUAAUAGAUAGUAGAUAUUGAAAAAUGUCAACUUUCGGAACUGUCUUUCGUGUUACCACAUAUGGUGAAUCACAUUGUAAAUCUGUUGGAUGUAUAGUGGAUGGAGUUCCACCAGGGUUAAAAUUAACAGAAGAUGAUAUUCAACCUCAAUUAACUAGAAGAAGACCUGGACAAAGUAAAUUAUCAACACCAAGAAAUGAAAAAGAUAGAGUUGAAAUUCAAAGUGGUACUGAAAAUGGUGUCACUUUAGGAUCACCUAUUGCUAUGAUGGUUAAGAAUGAAGAUCAUAGACCAAAUGAUUAUAGUGAAACUGAUCUUUAUCCAAGACCAAGUCAUGCUGAUUGGACUUAUAUACAAAAAUAUGGUACUAAAAGUUCAAGUGGAGGUGGUAGAUCAUCAGCUCGUGAAACUAUUGGUAGAGUUGCAGCAGGUGCUAUUGCAGAAAAGAUUUUAUUUAAAUCAAAUAAAGUUGAAAUUGUUGCCUUUGUUUCAUCAAUUGGAGCUAUUUCAAUGAAUCGUAAUCCAUUAGAUGAAGAUUUUAUUCAAACAUUAAAAACCAUUACAAGAGAAGAAGUAGAUGCUGCAGGACCAGUAAGAUGUCCUGAUCCUAAAGUUAGAGAACUUAUGGUAAAAGAAAUUGAACAUUAUAGAGAUUCUAAAGAUUCUAUUGGUGGUAUAGUAACUUGUGUAAUUAGAAAUUGUCCUAUUGGAAUUGGUGAACCAUGUUUUGAUAAAUUAGAAGCAAAAUUAGCUCAUGCUAUGUUAUCAUUACCAGCUACUAAAGGUUUUGAAUUUGGUUCUGGAUUUUUAGGUACUCAAAUUCCGGGUUCAAAACAUAAUGAUGCAUUUUAUUAUGAUGAAGAAACUUCAAGAUUAAGAACAAGAACUAAUAAUAGUGGUGGUAUUCAAGGUGGUAUUUCAAAUGGUGAAGAUAUUUACUUUUCAGUUGCUUUUAAAUCAGCUGCAACUAUUAGUCAAGAACAAGAAACUGCUACUUAUGAUGGUAAAGAUGGAGUUUUAGCAGCAAGAGGUAGACAUGAUCCAAGUGUAACACCAAGAGCAGUUCCAAUUGUUGAAGCUAUGGCUGCUUUAGUAUUAGUUGAUCAAUUCUUACUUCAAAAGGCAAGAGAAUCAGUUUCUGCUCUUGUCUCAGAUGAUUAGAUUAAUUGUAAAUAUAAUAUCUUUAAAUAUGUACGUAUAUUAUACUAGAAAAGAAAGUCGUGCGAAUAUGCUCAAUUUUACGACGCGUAGCCCUGAGAUCACUGAAAAAAAACUGAACACCUAAUACAACCACC